AUGAGCGCGGCCUCCGCAUUCGCUCACAAUCCCACCAAGAGACGGAAACUCAACACGGAGGAUGGUCAUUCACACAGUCAUGAUGAUUACACGAUUGGUUGGGUCUGCGCCCUUGCCCUUGAAGCUGCUGCUGCCAAAGCAAUGCUUGACGAGAUUCAUCCGACCCUCGAAACCCACCCCAAUGACAAAAAUGCAUACACCCUGGGAGCGAUCAGUGGGCACAAUGUGGUGAUCGCCUGUCUCCCCGCUGGCACCUAUGGCACUACCUCAGCCGCGACAGUUGCGAGCUCCAUGUUCUUUACCUUUGGCUCCAUACAGCAUCUCCUCAUGGUGGGGAUCGGCGGAGGGGUACCAUCAGAAUCCAACGAUGUGAGGCUUGGUGAUGUCGUCGUCAGCGUUCCGACCCCGGGAUGUGAGGGCGUGAUACAGUACGACUACGGGAAGACCAUUCAGGAAGGACACUUUGAGAGAACAGGAACCCUGAGUAAACCCUCCAUAUCCCUCCUGGCCGCAGUCACAAAGCUCCGAGCCGACCACUAUUGCAGCGGGAAUCAGAUUGCAGCGCUCGUCGCUCAGAUGCUGGCCAACCGCCCAUCGAUGGCACAGCCAUUCACGCGUCCUGAAGCUGAACCGGACAGACUGUUCCGUGCGAACUAUGAACAUGACCCAUCCCAGCGCACAUGCGUAAAUUGUGAUGCGAACGAAUUGAUCUUGCGCUCAGCACGCAAGGACACCCAGCCAGCUGUUCAUUACGGCCUGAUCGCUUCCGGAAACCAGGUGAUCAAGCAUGCAGGCACCCGUGACCGACUGGCUGCGAAGUUGGAUAUAUUGUGCUUUGAGAUGGAAGCCGCCGGUCUGAUGGAUAACUUCCCGUGCCUAGUGAUUCGAGGGAUUUCAGACUAUGCCGAUUCGCAUAAGAACAAGCAAUGGCAGGGA